CCUAAAAAAAAAAACCAUCCAACACCAUCAAAAAAUUUUUUUCUAUAAUUUACUAUUUCCUCUACAAGGUUUUUUUCCUAUCUCAGGACGCGGAACAUCACUGAGGUGACUUUUGGUUUUUAUUUAUUCCAUCGAUUCUGGCGUAUAAAUUCACCAUUACGCAAGCAAUAUACCAUUUAAACAAGUAAUCGAAUAAUAUAUAAGCUUUGGUAUUGAAAGCAAUUACUUUUGUGACAUUUAUAACAUAUUAUUAUUUGUUCCACCUUGUUUUCACUUAAACGGUCGCUAAAAAUUGUCUCUUGUCCGCCAUGUUCUUUUUCCGAAAGGUCGAUGACAUUCGAAAUGUUCCGAGUCAAUUUUGUAACGGCGGUUUUCAUUGGCUGUAGUAAAUGCACUAGAUACUGACCCCUGACCUUGUAUUUAAUUGCGCGUGUAAAAUGUAAACAAAGUCACGCCGUUUAUUAUCCUUUCAACUGAGUGAUUUUUCAGUUUAUUUAGCGACUUCUGUUACGAAUUUCACAAAGAGACAGUUGAUAUUGAACCUGGUAUUUUUUCAUAACCCCUGUUUUCUUCCGAAAUGUGCGAUGAUUUAUUUUUGGUACCAUAUAUCACUGUAUAUUGUGCAUGUAAACAGUAAAAUUUGAUCUGCAAAAAUGCUAAACAAACUGCAGGAAGAGGCAGUUAAUCUGGCGAUAACAGGCCACAAUCUGUUCAUAAAUGGGCCAGCAGGUACAGGCAAAACCUAUACGAUUAAAGAAGUUUAUCAUCGACUAACUGCGUUGGGUAAAUCUGUUGCCAUUACCUGCACAACUGGCAUAGCAUGUACCAACUUUGAUAAUGCCUGCACCUUACACAGGUGGAGCGGCAUUAAUGAUGGGCGCUACAGUUCUAGUGAAAUUGUGAAUAUACUGUUGUCAAAUGAAGGCGCAUUGCAUCGCAUCAGAUCAACAGAUGUGCUUAUAAUUGAUGAAGUAUCUAUGUUAAGCAAAAAACUGUUUGAGCAACUUGUAUCUAUAGUUACUCAGUUAAGAGAUGUUAGUAAGUUUUUAGGUGGGCUACAGUUUAUUGUUUCUGGAGAUUUUUUUCAGCUUUCACCAGUGCCCAAUAAAAUGUAUAAUGACAAUGGAGAAUAUUGUUUUUUUAGCCCAACUUUUAUGAAACUGCAUAAACUAACUUUAGUGGAAGUUGUUCGUCAAACAGAUCCAGUCAUAAUAAGUGCAAUUCAAAAAGUGUCAGUUGGGGGAAACAUUGACAAGAAAACAAUUGAUUACAUAAAAAGUCUAGAAAGGCCUCUCAAAAAUUCACAGGACAGUACAAAGUUGUAUUCAACAAAUGAUUUGGUGAACAGUUAUAAUAGGUCAAGGAUUGAACAACAAUCAGGGACAUUAAAGGAAUAUUUGUCAGUGGACACUGGAGAAAGCAAAUAUCUCCAUGAGAUGACGGCACCAAAAAAAUUAUGGCUGAAAGAAAACUGUCCAGUUGUUCUUAUAAGAAACCUUUCAGAUAAGCUGUUUAAUGGACUUCAAGGUUAUGUUACUAGCUUUUCUGCAGAGGGACCACAAGUUUACUUUCCAACUCUGAAAAGCACAUCCACAAUUGGAAAGGUAACUUUUUCAGUAUUCAGCCCAACACAGAACAGGGUGCUAGCCAAAAGGGAACAAGUUCCGUUGUUGUUGGCGUAUGCACUAACAGUUCAUAAAGCCCAAGGAAUGACUUUAGACAGGGUUGAAGUAGACUGCCAGCAGAUGUUCAGACCAGGGCAACUUGGUGUUGCAAUGGGAAGAGUUCGAAGCAGUGAUGGAUUGCGUGUGAUUAAUUUUACACCAAAAGUGUGCAUUCCUCAACCAGAUGAAAUCAAGGGCUACUUGACAAUGCCAUAUGUAGAACCUGCUGAUGAUUUCAACUGUUGUACAAACAUAUCAGGACAUCCUGAUGAGACAGUUGAGACAUUCUGGUUUGGUGAUGAAAUGGAGUAUGAUGUGCCAGUAACUGAGGAGGAUUUGGAAGAUGAUUUCAAUGAUGUAAUUGCAUCUCUGAAUUUUGUUGAUGCUGAUGAACAGCAGCAACUGCCUGAGGGCUUUGAGAUUGAGAACAUUCUUAAAGAAUGUCUCACAGAAAUACCAGUGACCGCAGUCCAAGAACAGGUCAAUUUCAUUACAAGAGACCUUUUAUCAAACAAUUUGCGGUACUGUAAAACAUUUUGUUUGACACUGUUUGAAGCAAUAUCAAAUAUUAUGAAUGACCUAGAAGCUACACCAGGUACUGAAAUUAAAGCAGAUAAGUUAACAGGGAUUUACACUGAAAUUCACAAAUAUCAGCUCGGUGACAGUUAUAGAGUUUCAUGUUUACUCAUGUUUGAAAAGUACCCCAAUUUUUCAGGAGCUCAUUCAUACAUAUGUACAAAAUUAACUGAUGGUGUGAGGAAAUUUCUUUUACAUGAAAAAACAAAGCUAUAUGGGGACAAGGACAAACAAAUUCAUGAAAGAGUCAUAACUGAUGCAUCAAAAGCCAGGAUAAGGUAUGUGGCUGGGUACUGUGUAAGCACAUUAAAUAAGCACUACACUGCAAGUUACAGGUCGAACAUGUUUUCUUCAAGUGCUACCGGCCAACAGAAUUACUUUGAUUCAAAAGAGAAGAUUUCAAUUUUGAACUCAAUGAAGGAAGAGGAGCAAUAUUUGAAAAUGUUUUCCAGUGAUAAAGAUUCUUUGGCAGAUAUUGACAGAAGGCAGUAUAUGACAAGGGGACUAGUUAAUGUGUCAGAUGAGAUGUUUGAAUUUUCCUUGAAAUUGUGCAGUAAAUGCUUAGAAUUGCUAGUUAACAAAAAUUUGAAUGUUCAUGGUCAGUUUAUUUUUAGAUAUUGCCAUGACAGACUUCUGAAGUCUGAACAAUUAUUAGCAGAUUUUGUCAGUGUUGUAACAAAGAAUUUGUUAACAGAUGAUUUGGGGACUGUUCUUGAUUGUGAAGAUGAAAUAUUAGUAAGGGAAGUUCUCCGUUCAACAGUGAACAAAGUUCAUAAUAUCCACUCAGUAUUCAGUGAUCUCACUAACAAGUUUUUAAUGGUAAUGUUCAACCAGUUCAGAAAAGAUUUAUUGCACUCCUUCUCUGUAGCCAAGACCAUGGCACAUAGAAAACAAAUUAUGAUAAGACAGCAAAAACAGCAAACCACUGAAAAGUCUCUAUCUUUCAAGAAAAUAGUGGAGGAUAAAACUGAAAGGAAGGAAAUGUCACAUUCACUUCUCAGAGGAUUGAUAAUGAGUAAUGUGAAUGUUUUAGAACAGAUGAAAAGGAAAGAGAUUGAAAAACUUGGAAAAGCAUAUGGGAUAAGUGGUAAGCAAAAUACCAAGAAAUCUGCCCUCAUUGAAAUUGUCAAAAAGGCCAUAACUGACUCCAGUCAUAUGCCACACUUCCAAGUAUUUGAAGAAGUGCCAUCAACUUCACAGAAAACUUCAUCAAAGAAAGAUUCCUCUUCUGACCCUCAGCAGUCAACAUCUCCUGCUGUAGAAUGCAUCUCAGAGGAGCCACAACCAUCAACUUCAUCAGCUGAACUCUUCUUACCAGAUGAAGGUCUUGGGCCUUUAACACCAUCAGUAUCCCACCCAGUUCAAUCGCCUUCACAAGAAAGUGUUUCAUCCUCAGAUGAUGAUGUAUGUGGUCAUUGUCAAAAGAUGGGUAAAGGAGGAAUUCAGUGGAUUCAGUGCAGUGCAUGUUUAGUGUGGUACCACAGGAAUUGUGCAGGGCUUCGUUCCAAGAAACAGUGGGAUAAAUACCAAGAUGAAAGUGUUGAUUUCUAUUGCAAACAGUGUAUAUAAAUGCAUACAAAUGAAAGCAUUUUGCUGCUUUCAUCAAAUAUUUGUGCCUUAGACUCAGUUUUCACAAUGUCUGUUUGAUAUCUUGAAGUUAGCAGUACAGUAGUCAGUUGUAGGAUGGUGUUUUUUUUUAGGUCUACGAUACUGCUACCUGUGGUUUCCACAGGGGGAAGAACACAUUAUUGAAUAGUAAACACAUUAUUGAAUAGUGAACGUCAUUAUCGAAAGUGCUUACAGUACUUUGAUACCGUGGCCAUAUAACUUUUAAUAAACUUUUAUUAUUCACAAAGAUCAUUAUUUACCAAGUAACAAGUGCCAUUUUAAAGUAUUUUUGAUUGAGUUUCAGAAGGCUGUGUGCUUUAUUCUUCCGAUUCUUCUAAUUUGGCAAAGGUAUCGAAAAAACUGCGCCUUGUAAAAGGUUUUUGAAUCUGCCGCCAUUGUAAACAUGUAAUGGUUCCCACUUACCGUACUUGAACGCCAACUAGAAGUCGGGCACCAUGACAGUGUACAUGCUCAGCCAAUGAAAACAUUUGACACAAAAUAAUAUUUCGAUACGUCAUUCGGUUCUCAUUCGGAACAUCGGAAACAAUCAUGGCGAACUGCAUGCACAAAUAAUGAGACUGGAAUAAUAUUUCUGAGUGAAGCAUAUACAUGCAAUUAACUUACCAGUUUUCUUCCACGUAAUAUUAAUUAUUUACUAUUGACCUUUGAUAGUUGCGCUUCUGAAUGUUCCGACACUGACAGAAACUCUACAUAUCAUCAGAUAUGUGUUUAUUUUACUCGCUCGCCAGUCACCUCAGUGAUGUCCCCGCGCACUGACUUUAUAUUUUAUGGUAUAAUUCGUAAAUAAACAGACCAAACUUGAUGGGAAAUUGCAGAUUUGUUAUUUUACCGGUAUAUUUUACGAUAAAAAUAACUUCAUAUAGAUGUCGCAGGGCAUUUGUUGAUUGUGACCCAUUGAAAAAUCGACCCUGAGAUAGGAAAAAAACCUUGUAGAGGAAAUAGUAAAUUAUAGAAAAAAAUUUUUUGAUGGU